CCCGCCUUCCAGAGCCUCCGGAAGGCAGAGUAGAUCCUGGGCGGGGUUUUCGGCCACAGGUACUGGAAGGUUCGGGGCGAUUCUGAUCGAGGCGCCGACCCCGAGGGAAGAGUGUGCGCUGAGCUGCUGAGAGAACCACUUUAUGUCCAGCCACGACCAGACAGCCAUGCUCAGCACGCAGACAUUUUUCUUCUUCCCCACGGCCCCCUUCAUCCUCUUUGUCUUCACGGCUUCCACCAUAUUUCACCUUCAUCAGAGGCUAGAGAAGAUGCAACCCACGUGGGAGUUAGAGGCACUGGAGCCAGCAACUAUGGAGACCCCCUCGCGUCCCCAGCCGAGGCCCCAGCUGAAGGGCAUGUGGACCAUCAACGCCAUAGGCCGCCUGGGGAACCAGAUGGGGGAGUACGCCACCCUGUACGCCCUGGCCAAGAUGAACGGGCGCGCCGCCUUCAUCCCGCCCCAGAUGCACAGCACGCUGGCCCCCAUCUUCCGAAUCACACUCCCAGUCCUGCACGAUGCCACGGCAAGGAGCGUCCCCUGGCAGAACUACCACCUGAACGACUGGAUGGAGGAGCGGUACCGCCACAUCCCGGGGGAGUACGUGCGCCUCACCGGCUACCCCUGCUCCUGGACCUUCUACCACCACCUCCGCGCCGAGAUCCUCCAGGAGUUCACCCUGCACGCCCACGUGCGUGAGGAGGCCCAGAACUUCCUGCGGGGUCUGCGGGUGAAUGGCAGUCGGCCGAGCACCUACGUGGGGGUCCACGUGCGUCGAGGAGACUACGUCCACGUUAUGCCCAACGUGUGGAAGGGCGUGGUGGCUGACCGGCGAUACCUAGAGCAGGCCCUGGACUGGUUCCGUGCUCGCUACAGCGCCCCGAUCUUUGUGGUCUCCAGCAAUGGCAUGGCCUGGUGUCAGGAAAACAUCAACGCCUCCCGCGGCGACGUGGUCUUUGCCGGCAAUGGCAACGAGGGCUCGCCCGCCAAGGAUUUUGCCUUGCUCACGCAGUGUAAUCAUACCAUCAUGACCAUUGGGACGUUCGGGAUCUGGGCCGCCUACCUCGCAGGUGGAGAGACCAUCUACCUAGCCAAUUACACCCUCCCAGACUCUCCCUUCCUCAAAGUCUUUAAGCCAGAGGCAGCCUUCCUGCCAGAGUGGAUUGGGAUCCCUGCUGACCUGUCCCCACUCCUCAAGCACUGAUGUUGGCUGGUUCUUGGCACCCCAUUCUCCUUUUUGGGCUCCCCCAAGAUCAGUUCUGGGGUGUGAGGAGCACAUUGUUACAUGUUCCAGGGGGCUUCCCUCUUGUACUGUAAUGCUUCAGGCUGCAAGCGACAGAAGUCCCAACUAACUUGUUUAAAUAACAUAUUCAUGAGUCUCACACAGCAUGACCAGAGACGGCAGGUCUCCAGGGUUAAUUCAGCAGCUCAACAGGUCAUCAGCAAUCCCAGUACCAUCCAUC